AUGGACUUUUUCAUACAGCAGCUUACGAUUUUUGCAACCUUUCUUUUCUUCCUUCCUUUGAUUGAUUCGGUUUCCUUCAACAUAACUCACUUUGGUUCUAACAUGACAGACAUUGAAUACAGGGGAGAUGCGAGUCCUUCUGCUGGAGCCAUGAACUUGACCAAGGAUUCGCUUUAUCGCCUUGGCCAAGUUAUUUGUACAGAGCCUGUGCGGCUCCAGGACUUUGGUACCAAGCAGCUUACUGACUUUACCACCCAUUUUUCCUUCACUAUCGAUACCUUAGGUCCUGACAACCUACUUUAUGGUGAUGGGAUCGUCUUUUUCAUUGUUCCUGUUGGAUUUCAAUCUCCUGAGAAUUCAGGUGGUGGUGGUUUAGGCCUAUUUCCUAACACCUUAAUCUCUGAGUUAUCACAGCAGAAGCAUCAAAUUGUUUUGGUUGAGUUUGACUCUUUUGCUAACUUAGAAACGGAUCCUCCUUAUGAGCAUGUGGGCAUCAAUAUCAACUCGCUCAAUUCUUCUGUGUACACACCUUGGAAUGCUAGCUUUCACAGCGGAGAUACUGCUGAUGCAUGGAUUUCUUAUAAUGCUUCCACUAAGAACUUGACUGUGUCUUGGAGGUACAAGGCCACCUCUAAUCCUCAAGAAAAUUCUAGUCUUUCUUUCCAUGUUGAUCUGAGGGAGGUUUUACCCAUGGAGUGGGUCAAGGUUGGGAUUGGAGCUGCAACAGGUCUUUAUCACGAGAAACAUAUACUUAAAUCAUGGCAGUUCAGUUCCAGCUUGGCUUCCAAGCAGACAAAAGGAUCAAAGACUGACAAGAUCAUAAUGAUUGCACUGCUAUGUUUUGGUGCUCCAGUAGUUGGGUGUAUUGUGGCAUAUUUUACAAUUUGGGGAAAGAAGAUUGGAAACAAGCAGGAGAAUCCAGAGGGAAUAAGCUUAAUCUGGAUUAUUCAUGACCUCGAAAGAGGAGCAGGACCAAGAAGAUUUUCUUACAAAGAUCUUAUCUCAGCCACCAACAAUUUUUCAGAUGACAGGAAGUUGGGCCAAGGUGGAUUUGGAGCUGUUUACAAGGGACACCUACCAGAGUUAGACAUAGACGUAGCAGUGAAGAAAUUUUCAAGGGGUUCUAAACAGGGAGAAAAGGAGUAUUUAGCUGAGGUGACGAUUGUUAGCCGGUUAAGACACAGGAAUCUGGUGCAACUCAUUGGCUGGUGUCAUGAUCGAGGUCACUUCCUGCUUGUGUACGAGUUCAUGCCCAAUGGUAGUCUCGAUUCUCACUUAUUUACCCACAAUUGUACUCUAACUUGGGCUGUAAGGUACAAGAUUUGUCUUGGUUUAGCAACAGCAAUGUUUUAUCUUCACAAUGAUUGGGAGCAGUGUGUGGUGCACCGAGACAUCAAAGCUGGGAAUGUGUUGCUGGAUUCUGGUUUCAAUGUCAAGCUCGGUGACUUUGGAUUAGCUCGUCUGGUGGACCACGAGCUAGAUCCUCGAACAACUUGUUUGGCUGGAACUUUAGGCUACAUGGCUCCAGAAUAUGUAAUCUCAGGUAAAGCAAGCAGCAAGUCAGACGUUUACAGCUUUGGGGUUGUGACUUUAGAACUUGUGAUAGGUAGAAGGGCAAGAGAUCCUAGAAACGAUGAGAUGGGAUUGGUAGAGUGGGUUUGGGAUCUUUACAGACGGGGGGAGCCUCUAUCGGCUGUUGAUGAAAGAUUGCAGAUGGGGUUCGAUGAACAACAAGCAAAGUGCAUGGUAAUGGUUGGACUCUGGUGUGCACAUCCAGAUUACACGUUGAGGCCCUCGAUAAGACAGGCGAUUCAAGUCCUGAAUUUUGAAGCAGAAAUGCCUGAUCUCCCAUUGCAGAUGCCUAUUCCCAUGUAUCAAGUUCCCUUGGCUUCACCAACUGAAAGUUUUGCUGAACCAUUAAUAAGUAAUUCUUUUUCUACAACAGGUCGCUAAAAUCAUAUGAUUAUCUAUAGUUUUUGUAAGCUUGUUGGACAUGAAAUUUUGGGGUUCUUACAAUCAGCUGACAAAAGAAUCUGGUGUGAAGCUAAUCAGGUCCCAAUGCCAUAUUCGUAGACAUGGAAGUUUGGUACCCUGCAAGCUGCUGCUGAAGUCAUGAAGCUUUGAUGAAAGAAUCUGAACAAGCUUUAGAAAUAAAAUUUGUUGUGCCAGAGCUGGGAAUCUGAAUCAGGAAGCAUCAAUUAAUUGUUUAAGCUUUGUUGUAAAUUACCAUUUGAGCAAGAAAUUUCUGUUCUGCGGCUAAAGCUUUGG